GGGUUUCCCUGGCAACCGGCGUCCACCGCGGAGGCAGCGCGGCGGCGGGGCGAUGCUGGCCAGGCGCCCCCGCGACCCCCUCCGGGCGGUGCAGCGCCGCAGCCGGGAGCUGCAGCAGGAGGUUGAUAGUUUGCUUUCUGAGAGCCAAUUGACAGGAGUUCUAGAAGCCAAUAAAAGACGAGAGAUUUACCAAAGAUGUAUACAGUUGAAACAUGCAAUUGAUGAAAAUAAAAAUACUCUUCAAAAAUUAAACAAAGCUGAUGAGCCUGCACCUGUUGGGAACUAUCAUCAGAAAAAAGAUGAGGAGCAUAGCCUUCUGGACACGCUCACCCACCAACUGCAGGAACUUGCUGUAUCCAUAAACAGGGAAAAGAGAGCUGAAAUUGGGGCACUUACUGAAAGAAAGGAAGAUGACAAUUCUGCUGAAGAAUAUGAAGAAGAUAACGAAGAGAGUAAAGAGAGUGAAGAAAGUGAUGGGGAGGAAGAAGAAACAGAAGAGGAAGAAGAGAAACAGGAAACUGAAUCCCACAAACAGGCAGCAGGUCAAGAAUAUUUUGCCGUUGGAGAUUUUACUGCGCAGCAAGUUGGGGAUCUUACAUUUCAGAAAGGGGAAGUUCUCUUUAUAAUUGAAAAGAAAGCUGAUGGUUGGUGGAUGGCUAAGAAUGCCAAAGGAAAGGAAGGUCUGGUUCCCAGAACCUACCUGGAGCCCUAUAAUAAGGAAGGAGGACAAGAAUCGAGUGGAGAAGGCAGUGAGGAAGAUGCGGAGGUUGGGGAGACAGCGGGUGGAGCAGAAGUGAAGCACGGAACUGAUUCUCACUGGAGUGCUGUUCGAAAAGCUAUCUCAGAGCAGAUAAGCACUGUUGACGCGCUGGUGGCCAUGGGCGCCGUCCCUGCGGGCUUCAGGCCUUCCACGCUCUCCCGGCUCCUGGAGGAAGGGAAUCAAUUUCGAGCCAGUUAUUUCUUACAACCGGAGCUCGCUGCCUCCCAGCUGACCUUCAAGGACCUGGCGUGGGACGCUGACGCAGGCGGUAUUAGGUCAAGACCAAGUCGCGUUUCACUGAUCCUGACCCUCUGGAGCUGUAAAAUGAUCCCGCUUCCCGGCACGAGUGUACAGGUCCUCAGCCGACACGUGCGCCUCUGCCUCUUUGACGGUGAUAAGGUUCUGAGCAACAUCCACGUGGUCAGGGCCACAUGGCAGCCCAAGAAGCCCAGGACGUGGACCUUCUCCCCCCAGGUUACUGGCAUCUUGCCAUGCUUGCUUGAUGGUGAUUGUUUUGUCAGAUCCAAUUCUUCAUCACCAGAUCUUGGAAUACUCUUUGAACUUGGAAUUUCUUAUAUUCGCAAUUCAACUGGCGAAAGAGGAGAGUUGAGUUGUGGCUGGGUGUUUCUUAGACUUUUUGAUGACAGCGGAGUUCCUAUUCCAGCAAAAACUUACGAGCUCGUCCUGAAUGGCGGCACCCCUUAUGAGAAGGGUGUUGAAGUGGACCCUUCCGUGAACCGAAGAGCACAUGGCAGCGUUUUCCAUCAGAUGAUGGCAAUGAGAAGGCAGCCGCAACUUCUAGUAAAACUGAGGUCUUUAAACCAAAGGUCAAGAAACAUGCUAAGUCUCCUGCCGGAAACAUUAGUUGGGAGCAUGUGCUCCAGUCACUUGCUGGGGUUCCACCGGCAGAUUCUCGGGGAAGUGCUCCUGAAAGGCAGGACGAGCGUGCCGAGUGCGGAUUUAAUCAGUAACCCCGUGCUGGCCACCUUCCCCCAGCUCCUGGAGCAGCCUGACCUGAUGGACGCCCUCAGGAGUGCGUGGGCUGAGAAAGAAAGCACGUUAAAAAGAUCAGAGAAGAGAGACAGCGAGCUCCUGAAGGCCGCGUUUCUCCUGGUUUACCACGACUGCGUGUACCCCCUUCUCCACUCCACGCUCCUGCCCCCGCUCAGGUGGGCCGAGGAGGAGGCCGAGGCCACCCGAUGGCGGGCGAUCGCUGGCUUCCUGCAGCAGAGCCACGACAACCAGGGCGCCCUCCCCGCGCUGCUGUCGCCAGAAGGCGUCCACCACCCUUUCGACCUCUCAGAGCAGGCCUACGACUUCUUAGGCGAAGUAAGAAAGAACACGGCCUGACCCUGGCUGGCUGUGACACUCAGCUAACCAUGGAAUCUUCUGGAACCACAAGUAACUGUCACAUUAUAAUUUAGGUUUUACUUUUUUUUUGUACAGCACAUAUUUUGUCAGAAAUAUUUAACCAAUAAUUUGAAUAUGUUUUUAAACAAAUUUAAUUUUUAUAAGAAAUACUGUUCUGUCUAAAUUUAAAGAGAAUUUUUUU